CCACCCUUCAAACCUUCAGCCAUUCGCCGAGUCUCCCCCUCUCCUGUCCUCCCUCCCUCUAUCAGUGCGCUGCUUCAAUUGCAGACCUGUCGUUGGAGGGGAGAGCAGACGGAGCCUCAGAUUCAUUAUGCAUUAGGACUGCGUCUGCCUGUGUCCAUCCCAGGGCUGUCGCCUGCAACGGUGAUGCGACCGACGCAGAGUCACCGCUGGUCGCAGAACUAGUCUGUCCGCUCCUGCCCUCCUGGUGGGCCUGGGUGGGAUCUCUGUUGUGAUGGUAUCUGGCUGUGAAUGGUGACAGUGAGUGGACACCAUGCAGGGCUGGCUCGGUAUCCGGCUCCUGUGCGUCCUACUUCAGCUCCACAUUGCAGUUUGGAGUCAUGAAGAAGAAACUGUGACUUGGACAUGACUUGUGGCCUUUGGAACAGCUUGUAGUAAAGGAAAAGAAAUGGAGGAACAAGUUUUUGUUUGUUUGCGGGGCCAGGCCUGGAAGCUAAUGGGUGCUUUUCAGGAGAUCGGGAACUCUUCAAGACCAGAAGUCAGAGGAAGUCAGCUAGCAAUGGCAAACCAGUGAUGAUUUAUCAGAAUGUACAGAACAUCGAUAAAGGCGUAGACUUGAGUAGCACAGAAAUGCCAAGAAGCACAAUAAAAAUGUCAUCAUUCAAAAAGUACACAGACCAAAGCAGACCUCAUCCUGCCAUGAUUGUCAAGUCUGUCUUACCUAGAGUAUCCAAUGAGCGAAGCAUUCAUUUUGUAGUGAACAAUGACCAGCAGUUAGAAAUUGAAAAGCUUCCUAUUCCUGAAGAUGACUUGAUUUCAGUGGCCAUACAAAUGGAUGUAAAAAAAUUGAAUGUCACCUUACUUCGGAUAUUCCGUGAAGGAAUAGCUGCAGCCUUGGGCCUUUUACCGCAGCAAGUACAUAUUAAUCAUCUGAAUGGCAAGAAGAACUGCAUUGAAUUUUAUAUAUCUUCAGUGAAUGAUAAAAGUGCCACGUUAGAUCCAAUACCUUCUGAUGAAGUGAUGCAAUCGCUCAAUGUAAAUAUGCUGCACCAAAGUCUGUCACAGUUUGGCAUAACACAGGUUACACCUGAGAAAAAUGUUGUGCAUGGAGAACAUGGGAGGGAUGGGAUUUGGAAUAAAGAAGGAGUCUAUGCUGUGGUUAUCUUCCUCACUGCCUUUGUUAUUGUCAUUACAUGUUUAAUGUUCCUAUACAGGUUGAAGGAAAAACUUCACUUUCAAGUCAACCAGGACAAACAACAGCAUCAGUCAAUCAAUCUUUCCUCUGUUCCUGUGCAGCAGUCACAGCCAGAAGUUAAAGUUGCAAACAGUAUGGUACAGCCUGGCUCUGUUUCUGGCACUGUAAGUGUUAACAUUGAUCCCCAGGGUCGGCCUGUGCCAGAAAUCAAGCCAUGUGUUUCUUCUGGUCCCUCACCAUUCAAAAUGAAGCCAGCUUGCCUUCAAGAAAGGAGAGGCUCAAACGUAUCGCUUACCUUGGAUAUGAGUACCUUGGGAAAUGUUGAAUCACUCAAAAUUGCUCCAACACCCCGUGACAAAAUAUUUCUGGAGUAUCUGCAGACUGCUAGCCGGGUGCUCACGAGGUUGCAACUAAGGGAAUGUGUAGCAAGCACCCAAUCCCUUCAAGCUGAAUUCAUGGAAAUUCCCAUGAAUUUUGUGAAUCCCAAAGAGCUGAAUAUUCCUUGUCAUGGAGCUAAGAAUAGAUAUAAAACUAUUUUGCCAAACCCACAUAGCAGAGUAUGCCUUAUACCAAAGAGUGAUGAUGAACCUGUUAGCAAUACCUACAUUAAUGCCAACUACAUUAGGGGUUAUCGUGGUCAGCAGAGGGCAUAUAUUGCUACUCAGGGCCCUAUGAUCAAUACAGUGAAUGACUUCUGGCGGAUGGUUUGGCAGGAGGACUGUCCUGUGAUUGUAAUGAUUACCAAGCUGAAAGAAAAAAAUGAGAAAUGCGUUUUAUAUUGGCCAGAGAAACGGGGAAUAUAUGGGAAGGUUGAAGUUCUUGUAAACAGCGUUACUGAAUAUGAGCAUUACGUCAUCCGGGACCUUACCCUUAAGCAUGAAGGCAAGUCUCAAAAUAUAAAACACUACUGGUACAAAUCCUGGCCUGACCACAAGACCCCAGAUAGCGCCCAGCCACUGUUGCAGCUCAUGCUGAAAGUGGAGGAGACCAGACAGAAAUCACCUGGCCGAGGACCAGUUGUUGUACACUGCAGUGCUGGCAUAGGGAGAACAGGCUGUUUUAUUGCCAUCACUAUUGGAUGCCAUCAGCUGAAAAAUGAAGGGGUCGUCGACAUACUGAGUAUCGUUUGCCAACUGCGAGUGGACAGGUAUAUUGUACUAUACAAAGUGCAUCAGGGCAGCAGACCAGAGAUGAAUGAAGUGUUGCAGCUGCAGAGAAGGUGCAAACAGAGAUCAGCAUUAACAUUUCAGAGGCCUAUUCAAAAGUCUGAAUACAGCAGGAAGAUGCUGUUCUUGAAUCUGUUCAUACUUGAAUUCAAAACUUUACAUCUUUUGCCCAACUGAAGAGAGUAGAAGCGAAUUUAACCCGGAUGGGAGUUGUCUUUGACUAUGUUGGUGGUUUCCUAACACAGUGGGACGUAUAGAUGGAGUCAAUAGAUGGAAGGCUGGUUUGCGAGAUGGACUGGGCUGUGUUCAUGACUUCCUGUAAUUUCUUGCAAUCCUGGGAAGAGCAGUUGCCAUACCACACUGUAAUACAUCCAGAUAGAAUGCUUUCUAUGGUGCAUCCAUAAAAUUUGCUAAAAGUCCUUGUGGACAUGCUGAAUUUCCUUAGCCUCCUGAGGAAGUAGAGACUUUGUGGUGCUUUCUUGACCAUUGAUGUGAGUGGACCAGGACAGAUUGAUGGUGAUUAUCACUCACAAGAACUUGAGACUCUCGACUAUCUCCACCUCAGCACCAUUGAUGCAGACCAGGGUGUGCCUUCCACUCCACUUCCUGAAGUCUAUGAACUGCUCUUUCAUUUUGCUGAUGUUGAUGGAGAGAUUAUUGUCUUUACACCAUGCCACCAAGCAUUCAAUCUCUUUCUUGUAUUCCGUCUUGCUUCUGUUUGAGAUCCAAUCUGCAAUGGUGGAGUCAUCAGCAAAUGGAAUUGGGGAGGAAUCUGGCCACAAAGUUGUGACUAUAUAAGGAGCACAGUAGACUGCUGAGUGCACAGCCUUAUGGGGCAGGAUAAUAGUGGAGGACGUGUUGUCGCCUAUUCUUACUGCUGUGGCUUGUUGGUCAGAAAGUAAAGAAUCCAAUUACAUAGAGAGGAGCAGAGAGCUAAGUCCUAGAGUUUGGUGAUGAGUUUGUUUGGAAUUAAAGCAUUGAAGGCAGAACUGUAGCCAAAGGUGGGAGCCUAAUGUAAAAAUCCUUGUUGUCUAGAUGUUCCAGUGAUGAGUGUAGGGCCAGAGAAAUGGCACCUACCAUUGACCUGUUACACCAGUAGGUGAGUUGCAAAUGAUCAAGGCAAUUUGGUAGGCUGGUGUUGAUGUGAGCCAUGACUGACCUCUCAAAGCACUUCAUAAUUAUAGAGGUCAGAACCACUGGGAAGUAGUCAUUGAGGCAUGCUGAAUGAUUUUUUCUUUGGCAUUGGGAGGAUGGUGCUCAUCUUAAAGCAGGUAGAGACUUCAGAUCGUAUUUGUUCUGAGUACAUUUCUUCUUGGUAGAGAGGUCAAUAACCAUUGAUCACAGUUUUUAGGCAAGAUAAUAAAGUGUGAA